AGGACCGCAUUGAGUUUGAGCUUUUCCAUUUUCUUUGUCCCCGCCAUCUACUUGGUCUUUCAUAUAUCAAUUAUUUUUGUUUUUGAUUUUUUCGUUGACUAUGCGUGCUCAUGUCCACUUAAUAGAGUUUGCUUUUCUAGUGCUUCAGUUUCCAAUUUUCGGGCCCUCCCAGCCUCAUUUUGGGUCAACAAGGUGGACGCAGUGUCUGUUUGCCUACUCAAUCGUCAUCAGGUCUCCGCGUGUGUUCGAUCGCGUCUCUCUUGUAGUUUUGCUGAACGGGGGACGGACGUGGAAUCACCGAAAUAUCAGCGACGGGGAUGAAAGAACGGAGUAAGGCGACAAGAAGCGGUUUGGCGUAAUAUGACAUGGUAAUCAUAAAAAAAUGGAUGCACGCCGAGGCCGGAUCUCUCCAAGGAUGGUGGACUCGAGGCCUUCUUAGGGUGCUACCAGUUUUGUUGAUCUAGUCAUUGCUGGUCUGUGCCUUCAGCAAGUGCCGCGCUGCAAUCUUUCGGUGACUAUCUCUGUCUUGACACAGACGAUGGGCUGCACGCAUUCGGAGUUCCAGCAGAGGCGCGUGUUGGGCCCGAGCCAGCUGCAGAAGACUGCGUCGACGGAUACGGUGGGGCACCUGGAGGCCUUUGCAGUCUUGGAAGAUGCGCCGGGAGGGGUCACUAGUGUGCGGGACGGGUCGUCGCCACAAAAAGACAUCAAAGAGCGGCAUCUUCACACCGGCAAAUCCAAGUCGCACCUUCAUCCCAGCAGCGGCGGUGCGGACAUGAAAAUGACCUCAAGUCGGGUCCGAACCAGCGACAUUUCUCCUUUCGACAGAAAGGCGCCACCAGCUAUCACACAGAAAAGUGCAACCGUGCGCGUCCCUUGUUUGCUAGCUAUCGCUAUUAUCUAAUUUUUACUGACGCCGAAAUUCAAAUUCGUGAUAAUGGCUACCGCAAUUCCAUUUUUUCCACCGAAAAUACGACAACUAGAGAUGGAUGGACCGUGGCGCAAGCACGGACAGCCAAAAAACGUGGACGCCUAAUUAUAUGGCUCGAAGAACUACAUGGCAUGGAUGUGUCUUUCUCUGUGAUACCAGCUGGCUCGCCAAUAUCGAUCGGCGCCGCAUCUUCUCCGCACAAGGUCCAUCCUUCCAGUAGCCGUGUCUCGUCUCCGGAAAAAGAGAACUUCCGGGUUAUCAUCUCGAAGACCAUCCCCACCCAAACAUCCCCAAGAUCAGCUGUGCUGUACAAAUCCAGAUGUUCAAGUUCUACGAACAAAUGAGGGUGCUGUGAUGAUGGCAGGUUCAUGCAUAGGGUGAAAGGGCGAGUAGCAAGCCUUACGAAGGUGGAACACUAUAAUGCGGAUUAGAAGUAGACUAGAGCAAGAGUAGAAAUAUUAUUUCUCUUCGCAGCCGUCGGAUUUCGUUAGAAGCGAGUUCUUUUUCACCUUCAUGAUUAUUUGCAAAACGCGUGCGUCGAGCUGCUAGCGCAGUAGUUUAUGCGUGAUGUUGGAAGAUGCACAUUCAUAAUCGGGUGAGGUUUGGGGACAUUCUUACCCCGCAUAUGGCUCGGAUUUGUGGGUGUUGUCGAGGAAGAGGACGAACCGUCCACGAGUGCCGAGGAGCUACAUCAUAACAAACCGUGCGCGUUCGUUAUUGAAGCAAAGACGAGGCGGUCUGUGGUCACUGUGAUAUAGAUAAAAGUCCUAGUUUAGUAGGGGCGGUAAGCAAACUGCCAGAGCAUGCAGUGUCCGUGUUAGUUCCUGGUAGUGCAUGGGUGAGAAGUGCUGGCCACCUUUGUACUCGUUCGUCUUCAUCAUGAUCGUGUUUCUUCCCGAGGAAGAAUUUUUGGAACUACGCUGUGAGAAAUGGAACAGUGAAAAAUGCAACAGUGACACACUGCAAUUUUUCUUGGGAAUACUUUUUUCAGCUUCAGGGGCGGGCGUCGAUCCGGACGGCAGGAAAGUAGGAAAUAACAGCACGAGCACCGCUACCCGACAGAAGGUCACCUGGCGCGCUUCUAAGCUCCCCGAGGACCAGCAAGCGGACGGGAGGUGGCGGAAAAAGGGACGAAGUGCGGCACGAGCGACGGGUUUCGCUACGGAUUUGCAGGGAGGCGGUGCCUACGCCGAUCAGUAUCCGCCCCCUUCGGGAGCGUGCAACACCGGCGGAAGAACUCCAUUUUCGGAGCAUGAACAGGACCAGUCCGAUGCGGACGCAUCUGGUUAUGGCUCUCUCAUGCGUUACAUUGAUAGCUGUUGCAGCGCGAAUCGCGCAACAACAAGUCGCCGAUUUCUUGUUCAUCUUCAUUCAUUGAGUCAUGCAGAACCUGCGUCACACUCACAAUCAAGCUAGCACUUCGCAUGUUGACAAGUUUCCAACGCGCUUAACAACAUGGAAAUCCGUGCUGCAGUUGUUAUAUUGGAGGCGCAAGCUGAAGCGUCUCACUUCUGCGUCUGCUAAGAUGAGCAGAAACCGUGUAACUGGUAUCAAUUUAACGCUUGAGAAUGCCAUCAUCGUAGCUGCUCUUCGGAAUCGCGCAACCUGUAUACCAGCGGCCUGUUCGGGGUUCGGCUGGACAACUAUCACAGAGAAAAAUUUGCAAUAACUAGAGCGAGGUAACAAACCCAAACGAGAACUUCGCGGUUGAGUUCUCAUCCGGCCGGCCGGCCGGAUGAGAACUCAACCACAUCAGCGGCGGAAAUCGACCGGCUGGUCGUCCUGGUCAAUUGGCCCGCCAUUCGCUCGGGCGAAAGGGGGGGGGGGCGGCCUGCUGGAGACCGACGCUUCCCUCACUCCACUUUCGCCGGGGGCCGUGUGCAACACAAAAACGCUACGCGCGCCUGCUGUGAAUACAGAGAAGCUACGCUAUGCAGCGGGGCAGAAGUUGGAAAAUUUUAAAGGUGGCGCAUUGUGCGCGCCCGCCGCGGGCGCGCUUUCAUAGUUGGACUGCGCUAUGCCUUUUGGCUUCUGGGUGGAAUUCGAAAGAAUUGAAUGCAAAAACAUUCGCGGGGCUCGCAAACGCAAUAGGCAAAAUUUCGCGGGGCGCGCAACGCGCGCCCGCUAUACGUUGCAAUCGCCGGCCCAGAAAGCGCGUCCGCGCGCCUCUCCGCUGGCUCAUGCUUGCUUCGGCGCAACAGUUGGCAGAUGCGCCGGAUCCGGGUCGGACGCGCUUCGCGCGUCCACCGACUUGCGUGAUGGGAGGCGGGGCCUCGCUCGGCGCGCCGGGCAACCAAUCUCCGACGCGCCGCGCGCGCUGCCCUUUGUUUCUGCCGGCGCCCGAAUCCUGCGGCGCGUCGGGCUCCAAAGCUGCCCCCACCCGAUAGCAGGGACAAUGCAAAUGGCCUGGGCCGCGCUUAUGUGUGCCUCCGCCGGGCUACUGGCGCCCUAGCAAUCUUUAUCGUUUCCCACACGCGAAGGCGGCGCAGCAGGAUGGCCCGCGCGCGCAAGUUGUACGCUGUUGCUUUGCUUCCUGGUGGGGUUCGUCGGCGCCCGGCCGCAGCCGGCAUGGUCACUCAGCCAGCGCUGCGCGCCCGCGUUGGGCUGUGCCCCCAUCCUCUGGGCCCCCAGGCUUAUCGUCUUUUCCGGCGACUCGCAGUAGAAGUAGCAAACAACGCAGCUUCUGCUUCUUGGCUUUAGGCACUUGCCGCAGCUUUUGCAUGACAAAGCUCGGGCUUUUUGCGUAGAAGUGAAACUGCGCAGCUGGGGGGUGACAAUCAAGAAGAAGAGUGAGGCCGUCGACCAGGAGGGAAGAAGGGGACCCGGACGACCGGCCGGCCGAUUUCAAUCCGCCACAGAUGUGGUUGAGUUCUCAUCCGGCCGGCCGGCCGGAUGAGAACUCAACCGCGAAGUUCUCGUUUGGGUUUGUUACCUCGCUCCUAGCAUACACUUCUUGUUACCGUGCCUAUAUGUCGUGCAAGAGAUAAUUAUCAUCAAUUAUCAAGUAUGUAUAAAUUUAAAUCUAAGAAGGAAGCGAAAGAACAGGAAGCCCGCACCAGCUUCCUUGUUAAGACGGAUUGUUCUUGUUGUAUGCUAGCAAUAGCACUUUGGUACUGGAUACGAGCGAGGACUUCGCGAACCUUGACCGUCGCAUUCCGCGGGUGCCCGUGCAAAUAUCAAAUGUAAAAAUGUCUGGGUCUGGAAGAAUGCAAGACUUGUGAUGCAGGUUUUCCAUGACCCAUGAGGUCUGGAAUGCAAGACCCAGCAUGACAGAUUUUUUGAGGUCUCUAUCAUGCCUUUCCUGCAUGAGAAACUCCCCCUCAACUUGGUCAAAAGCGGACAGCUUUUGGUACUCGCGCAACACAAAUUUUUGCAUCAUUCAGAUUUAGCAUGACAAGUUCUAACCUUCCAGACCCAGACAUUUCUACAUUUGAUAGCAAACACAAUGCAGCGAAUUUGAGUUGUUAAUGGCGACCGAUUUCUCACGGGUUUUUCGCUGCGUUUGGCGGUACGACAUGCAGGCACCAGCACCGCAAAGUAAGGGCGCCGGCCAGAAGCACCAGACCGACGCCUCGGACGACCGCAGUACUACACAGCGACGUACCAACCCGGACCCGGCCGGGCACACUACCUACCGCUCCUCAUUAAGGACGGUAGAUACCAACAAAGCACCUCGUACUAUUCCCUGCAUGUUCAUUGUGUUUCUUGUUUUGUUCAAGCGGUAUGACGAGCAUUAGAUUUAUUCUCCGGCUCAUAUUGCCAACAUACCGACCAGUUCUACUUACUUCAGCCUGAUGGACGCCGCGAUAUCGCUUCAUUUUUGGCGUAGGUGCGUCUGGAGACGCAGGCUUGGUAUGCAGAGUUACAGCGCUCUCUGCUGGACACGAGAUCGAAAGUGUAAAAUCAAAACGGUCGCCAUUAAAUUAGAUAGAAUCUGGAGCCGGUAGCUUUCGAUUUGUUCUUGGCACGUGUGUAAGUUGUUCCAAUUCCAGCUGAGUAAGCCUGUUCCGUAGUAGUCUACGAGGUUCGGCCCGGAAACUUGUAAAUAAACAAAUUUUGAUACUAGAUUUUGGAUCAUGCUCAAUUCACAUCCAGCUUCGGAGAUUCUGCGGGAUCGCGAGGGUUUUUCUCGACUGCGGGGAAGUGCACAGGACAGCACGCAGCGCACGUCCGCGACGUUCCGCGACGAGCUCUCAAGAACCAUGACCCGGACUGGUUUUUUCAGACCCACUAAACAGGAUCCGUGGGAUGGCUGCACGGUGAAAGGAGUAAACAACGGACGGUUUUUUGCUCUGAAGGAAGUGUCGAAAAGAAGCCCGCACAUGGAAGCGUUUACAAAAGAGGUGCAAAUGCUCGCACACCUGCAGCAUUCCAACAUCGUGCGCUUUUUUGGGGUGUACCUUGAGGUAGGAUCUAUUCUUUUCCCUAGGCAAUGCUGACAAUGAGUGGACAGCUUUUAUUCUUUGUUCCAUGUCUAAAAACAAGUAGCCAUGUUUCUGUUUGUAUCCAUAGGGAAUAUGAUUUUGAAGGCGGUCUGCUUUUUUCUGGGAUAAAAGAACAUGAAUUAGUGAGAACCGAUUAGGAAAAGCAGGCUCAGCACUGUCAUUUCCGAACCCGAGGCGAGACGAAACACGUAGCAGUCAAGUCAUGGCCCCCAUCGGCUCUACGUGAACUAGGCCUGCAAUUGCAAAGCAACCGGACUAUACACUUUCACAGGAUCCAUUUUCGCUGUACUUCCUGAGCGAGCUGUGCAAGAUGGACUCACAAGAAUACACGGAGCAAUUGCCGAAGCGGUGGACGCGACUCCAACCCAUCACUUUUUUUUCGCGGCCCCUGGGCAUAAACUGCGAUGCAAACGACCCUGUUUACCGUGUCACAACCGCCGACGGCCAAGCCGAGCGGCUUGGGGUGCGUCCACAUUGGCUAUUGCGUCGCCACCCGACCACCGGGGAGGGUCUGCACCGCACCGAACUCAUCCAAGUGAUGAAAGAGUUUCCGCUGCCCCUUACAGUGGAAUUCGAAAAUGAGGAGGAGUACAACCGCAGAUUGCUCGCUCUGGUGCGUUAUCAAAUGUAAAAGUGUCUGGGUCUGGAAGAUUGCAAGAUUUGUCAUGCAGCUUUUCCAUGACCCAUGAGGUCUGGAAUGCAGGACCUAGCGUGACAGAUUCUGUGCGAUCUCUCUCAUGCCUAUCCUGCAUGAGAAACUCCCUCCCGACUUGGUCAAAACUGGACGACUUUUGGUAAUCACGCAACACAGACUCUUGCAUGCUUCAGAUUUAGAAGCAUGACAGGUUGCAUUCUUCCGGACCCAGACAUUUUUACAUUUGAUAUGCGUCAGUUUCUCCUUACGCUACAUUACCUGCACGAGGAGAAACGAAUUGUACAUGGCGACUUGAAGCCGGGCAACGUUCUUGUGGACAUGAAGGUACUAUUUGCGGUGCUGCAGUUUAUUUACUGUCUUUUGUCAGGCUAUCGCGAACGCGAUGCAGUCCAAUUUUCAAUUUGAUCUACCAACGGCGUUGUUGAACGCAAGAAGAACACUCUGCGGCCGUGUCUGAGGUCAAUAAAUGUUUCCGUAUCUACUUCCAAAAACAUAAUUAAUAAUAGAAUUAGAAAUUUCAUUUGUGUAGCAUUGCUAGUGUAAGUGGAGCACGAACAUCCUAAGCCGACUGCGCAUCGAAGAAGUUUGAGGAGACUCCAACGCAAAGAAGAAGCACUUCGGGGCACGCUCGAGAGCAGAGGCUGAAGAUGGCGACGAUAUUGAUGACUCAAGCACAACAAGGCAGAAAGUUGUGCGAGCAAUGAGUUAGAAGUAUGCACUUCUAGCGCACUACAACUCCUCCACUAGUACGGAGAAGGAUUCAUGGUAUUCCGUCACUGUAGUAGUAGUUUGCGUUUAUGAUCUGUAUUUCUAUUUACUGAAAAAAAUCCCAACAUUUCAAUGCACUUUCUUCAGGAUCGGUUAAAGCUAUGCGACUUCGGGAGCGCUAUUCAAGUGUCCGGGAAGGGCUUUCUGCAGUCGUGCAGUUGUGGCACCGAGGGUUUCCGAGCGCCAGAAAUCACGGAUCCGAAUAAAAUGGGAUACGAUGGGUUUCGCGCCGACAUCUACAGCUGUGGCAAAACGCUGAACCUGUGGACGAGGAAUCCAGACGCAGGAGUGUCGUGGGAUUUCAGCAUCAACCCGGCAAUAUCCAAUGCGAAACAUGUGGUCUGCGAAGGAAACUGUGCAGAAGCUUGGUAGAAUAAAUAUGGCGCUGGUAUCACAGUCACCCAGAAGGUCUGGUAUGCUCGUUUUUUUUUUUCGUCCUUCUCUUCCCGCUUUCCUUUUCCCAAGAACGUACGCGUGUAGGAAUCGCAAAAGACGGGACCGGCGUCCGUCGUGACCGGAUCUCUCGGUUGCUACUCAUGCCAUGGAUGAUUAUAGAUCUCAGACUUAUUCAAUGCCUAUUUUGGUAAGUACACUCAGACGCAGACAUGUUUGCAAUGCAUAGGCACUGAGGUGGAUGAUCGGAGAGAGUACACAAGAGGAGCCUCUGAUGCGACCCAAAAUCGGCUACAUGCUCAGUAGCGUCUUCGAUGACGUUCCCUUCGCGGCUUCGUAGAGAUCGAUGACGCGAAAUCCUGAACACGGAGGAGGUACUGCUCGUCCUGCUUGAUACCAAAAAAAGGUAAGCAAAGCGGAUUGCCCUACUUCAUCUGCUCUGCCAGGAAGCUGCUGCUGUUCCAUUAGAUUGCAUUUUCUUUUGCCGCUGGAGAAUGGCAGCACUAGGGUAGUUUCCUUUGCAGGAGCCGCAAUUAUCUCUACGUCCGUCUGGUUGAUGCAAAUGCAAAAUACCAGACUCGUUUCGUUUCGUGAGCUUUUGUUUCGAGAGUUUCUAGUCGAAUUUCCAACGCUCUACGUGUACGUAGAAUUUCAAAAGCACCUCCCUGUUCCACGACACUCUCUUUUGUUUCGAGAGCCUGUUAAUUGCAUCCGCAGAUGUUUUCCCGUGAGGACUUGCACUUGGAGAACAGAGCAGUAUGCUGGCAGUAUGCCCCCCAUUUUAAGGGUUACGCGCAUUAUGCUUACUCCAUGUCUACUGCUCUAGCAGUAGCACUGGUUGCAAUAGAGGACCGUCAAUGUACUACGC